AUGGAGAACAAAAGCGAGUCGGACGAAAUGCUCGGGCGUGUGUGUGGGCAAGUUCAGAAAGUGGAUUUAUCGUCAGAUCUGUCGAGAGAUUUGUCGUUCGAGGAGUUGAGGAACAAGUUCGAUACUAGCGCUGCGGUUAGGCGAGAAAUAGCCUCGAAACCUUCGACGCAUGGCAGCGCCACACGACAGCUUGUUAGCGGAAAGGUUUUCAAGAAAUGCAAGAGCGCUACGUUUCAAAUAGAUGGCGCUACUUACACCAUAGGUAAGUGGAUUGUCAAGAGAGUUGGUAUUAUACAACAGAGGGCGCGCUCAACGGUCUUUCAUAUAUUUCAUUUAAAUGUUUUUAAGUUUAUUGGAGUCCUUUUAUCGGAAUUAUUGUAUGUUCUACACUGA